AGCGUUGAGUCUCCUCCAGGCGACCGUCCAGGAGCGCGAGUCUCCUCCAGGCGCUGGACGAAGGCUACGAACUGGACCUGAUCUACAUCACAGAGCGGAUCAUCUCCGUGUCGUUCCCCAGCAGCGUGGAGGAGCAGAGCUACGCCGCCAACCUGAGGGAGGUGGCCUCCAUGCUGCGCUCCAAACACGGACACAGCUACCUGCUCUUCAACCUCAGUGAGAAACGUUAUGACAUCAGUCAGCUCAAUCCGAAGGUGUUGGACUUCGGCUGGCCUGACCACCACGCUCCGGCUCUGGAUAAGAUCUGCAGCAUCUGUAAGGCCAUGGACACGUGGCUGAGCGCGGACAGCCACAACGUGGUGGUGAUCCACAACAAGGGGAACCGGGGCAGAACCGGCGUGGUGGUGGCAGCCUACAUGCACUACAGCAACAUAUCUGCCAGCGCUGACCAGGCUCUGGACCGCUUCGCCAUGAAGCGCUUCUACGAAGACAAAGUUCUUCCUGUGGGCCAGCCGUCUCAGAAAAGGUAUGUGGAGUACUUCAGCGGCUUACUCUCCGGCCAGAUCAAGAUCAACAACAAACCGCUGUUCCUUCAUCACGUCAUCAUGCACGGCAUCCCAGACUUCGAGUCCAAAGGAGGUUGCCGUCCCUUCCUGAAAAUCUACCAGGCCAUGCAGCCCGUCUACACAUCUGGGAUCUACAACGUUCAAGGCGACAGCCAGACCAGCAUCUGCAUCACCAUUGAGCCUGGUCUUCUUCUGAAAGGAGACAUCCUGCUGAAGUGCUACCACAAGCGCUACCACAGCCCCUGCAGAGACGUGAUUUUCCGGGUCCAGUUCCACACCUGCGCCGUCCAUGACCUGGGAAUCGUGUUCGGGAAGGACGAGCUGGACGAGACGUUUAAAGAUGACAGGUUUCCAGAAUAUGGGAAAGUAGAGUUUAUUUUCUCCUUUGGACCAGAGAAAAUCCAUGGUCAAGGUAUGGACCACCUGGAAAACGGGCCGACCGUCUCGGUUGACUACAACACCCAGGAUCCUCUGAUUCGCUGGGAUUCCUAUGAAAACUUCAACCAGCUCUGUGAGGACAACACAGAUGACGUCAUUCACACCCAGGGGCCUCUGGACGGGAGUCUCUAUGCCAAAGUUCGUAAAAAGGAGUCUGGUGAAGGAACGGUCACAUCAAAUGGCCUUCCAGCCACAGCCGUUGAACACGCCCUACCUGCUGGUGACCACGCCCUGUCAGUGAGCAGCGAUUCAGGAAACUCCACUGCCUCUAUCAAAACUGACCGAACGGAUGAAGCCACUUCAGCACCUCAAGCUUCCACUGUGAUUCAGACGCACGUCAGCGUGGACGAGGUGUUACCUUCAGUCCGUCAACAAGCUCCAGCACAACAACCAAUAAGUCCCAAGGAGAAGAAGGAAUUAGAGCAACUACUGAGUGGACUGGAGGGGCCCUUGCACAGACAGGCCUACUUGUCCACGCCAACAUCUGCUGCCGCUGCAGGAAUGCUUCACCUGGUGCCCGCCCAGGUCCAUGUAAAUGGACACAGUGGUAUUGAUCGUGAAACGGACAUCCUGGAUGAUGAACUGCCCACCAGUCAAGAGGGCAACAGUGUGGACAGUCUGGGGACGUUUUCCUCCACAGAUGGACGAGCUACACCGGCUGAUCUUUACUACCAGUCUGAAUCACUUACCAACGGCCAGGAACCUGUGCCGUAUCUGGAGCGCAACAUCCCAGAGAAACCUCUGGAAACCAUUCAGCCACAUGUUGGCAGAUCUGAUAAACCUGUUGCUCUGAUCCAAAGUGAUUUAACCCCAUCAUUGGAAAAUUACAUGGCUACCCAGAACGGCAACUUGUUUCGUUCUCGUUCCUUUGGUGCCGAGCCAAAGUCCAUGCCACAGGCUCCCACCCGCACCACCAGCAGCAGGGACGCCGUCCAACGUGGUCUCAAUGUCUGGCAGCGAUUUGGAGUUCCAGAGGAGCCAGUAACUGAAGGAGUCACAUUCAGUCCACUCCCGUCUGUGUCAAUGUCCACUCACCACAGCCUGCCGCAGUUCCCACACCGCCACAGUGCUUCUCAGGAAGAGAUCGAGCAGUCUAUCGAAACCCUUAACCUGCUCAUGUCAAACCUGGAGCCCAGCCGUUCAGUCGUAUCAAAAUCCCAAAGUGCUCCACUGAGGGAAAUGGUGGUGACCACGCAGCCGUCCUUCUCCCAGAGCCAAACCAGACCGUCCCUCCAGACUGAUGCUGCCCUUAACGUUACCGCUCCAGUGCCCAACCUGGCCAGCAGUCUAUCGAUAGCUCACACAUCAUCAGGGAAGCCAGGUUCACCAGAGACCUCACCUUUCAAGGGAUCUCCAAAUUACUCCUCUGCAACCAGUGGUUCAUCACAGAUCCCUCCCUCUUUAAGCCCCCACCUUCAGCUCAAACCUGUCACCAGAUUCCCAACAAGUAUCCAGUCCUCAGAUGUCUCAGAAUCCCGAAGAAGCCCAAGUUCUGCCUCAGCAUCAUCUCAGCCAAGAGACGGUGAGCCAGAGGAAGUCUUCAAUGUAGAAGGUCUGGUGGCCCAGAGAGUUGCAGAGUACUCGGCUCGAGUCCAAAACAUCAACCCCAGCAUGACCUCUCCUCAGUCUGAGCACCGCCGCUCUCACUCCCUCCCGGGGGUCCAGGCCCGUUCAGCACCUUCAGAUGAACCGACAAUCCUUCCCCGACGUCGCAUCACCAGUGAGGGACACUCUGAUGACGGGUUGUCUCCAGAUGUCCCUGUUCGCUCUCCGGUCCGGUGUGUUUCUCCAGAGUUCGUCAGCGCCAUAGCCAUGAACCCCGGGGGGCGGCCCAAGGAGAAAAACAUGCACAGCUACCGGGAGGCCUUUGAGGAGCUGGAGGGAGGCCCCAUCAGUCCUACACCCACAGCUGGUGGUGAGGCGUUUCCCCAAACCCCCGCCUUCCCCGUCUCACCGCAAACCCCUUACUUCAACCUGUGUCGGUCUCCUCCUGGUCUUGCCAAGACUCCCCUGUCAGCCCUGGGCUUGAAGCCUCACAACCCGGCAGAAAUCCUCCUCAACCAAACAGGCUCAGGCCCAAGAAGCUAUGUGGAGUCUGUGGCGAGGUCGGCAGUGGUAGGAGGACAGCCACCGACAUCACCUCGGAGCCUUAGUCCUCCUGGAGACAUCAAGAGUCAGCAGCGAGGUCCAAGCCCAACCACUCAUACGCUGAACCCACCUUUAUCCAGCAGCAGUCCCAUCCAGGACUCACAGGGAGAUCAUCUCCAAGCAGAAAGCAGCAUUAGCACUCCAUCCCAACCGACUGUUGAUUCUGGGUUCCACUCUCACCCUCCAGAGAGUUCAUAUCCUACUCGCACGCCAUCAAAUCAAGAUCUAAAUCCAUCCACUUCUCCUUACCUGGACUCCAGCUCUCCAACCUCUUCCUACUUUGGAUCUACAACCCCAACACUGUCCUAUCUUGGUCCUAGCAGCCUACUGGGAAGCUAUCCAGGCUCUGAUCCCAGCCCACCUCUCUCAGAGCCCUCAAAGACCACACAUGGCAAUGAAAGUCUCCAGCUACAACCAAACAUCCACUGCUCCAACUAUAAUCCCAUCCUCCAGCAAAACUUCAGUGUCAAACAAGAUGGAUCCAUCCAGACAGGUCAAAAACCCCCAUCUAACGGCUUUGAGGCAGUAAUGGCAGAUCUUGGUGGCAGUCCGAUCCUUGAUCGUCAUCUGCCUCAAGGAGCACAGAGCAGUCCAGUUCUCAGCAGACAGACCUCUCAGCGCAGCCCGAUCCUCAGCCGGCAGCCGUCCCUGGGUCAGACCAUUCAGAGCAGUCCUGUGCUUAGCCGACAGCCAUCUAUCACACACCCUCAAGGUAGCCCAGUGUUGGGCUGUCAUCCAUCUGUCACACAAAUGUCCCAGAGAAGCCCCAGUUUAGAUCGUCACCCCAUGCACAGCGGUUACACCACACCAGAUGAAAGACAUGGAAACUUGUCAAGGCAGAGUAGCUCUUCGGGAUAUCAGGGGCCACCCACUCCCUCCUUUCCCAUUUCCCCUGCUGGCUACUCAGAUGGGGGGAUGAUGGGAAUGAGUGCAGGUUUCAGGCAAGGCAGCCCAGCCCCUGGCUUCCAGCCACAGCUCCCAGAGAAGAGACGCAUGUCGAGUGGCGAUAGACCAAAUGGAGCAUUGUCCUAUGGGACGCUAAAUGGGAAGAUCAUGUCCCCGGUGAGUGGAGGGAGUACGUCUGGCUACUUCCACACCCUCUCAGACUUCUCACGGUUCAAUAUGAAUGCAGAUGGAACCCCGGAGACCAAGCUGAAUGUUAAAUUUGUUCAGGACACGACCAAGUUCUGGUACAAGCCAGACAUCUCCAGGGAGCAAGCCAUCAACCUGCUGAAAGACAGAGAGCCGGGAGCCUUUGUCAUCAGAGACAGCCACUCGUUCAGAGGGGCGUACGGCUUGGCCAUGAAGGUGGCGUCCCCUCCACCCUCAGUGCAUCAGAGCAAGAAAGGUGACAUCACCAACGAGCUGGUGAGGCACUUCCUGAUUGAGAGCAGUCCUAAAGGAGUGAAGCUGAAAGGCUGCCCCAAUGAGCCUUACUUUGGUUGUCUCUCUGCUUUGGUCUACCAACAUGCCAUCACACCUCUGGCGCUCCCCUGCAAACUCGUCAUCCCUACCACAGAUCUGAUGGAAGAAACUCCAGAAGUCGCAGCUACAAACCCGCUGGCUGAAAGGCUGAAACAAGGAGCAGUGCAGAGGGCCCCAGCUGAGUCCCAUGCAUGCAACGUUCUCUACAUCAACUCGGUGGAGAUGGAGUCCCUGACGGGUCCCCAGGCUGUUGCCAAGGCGAUUUCUGAGACGCUGGCUGCGGCUUCGCCCCCCACCGCCACCGUUGUGCACUUCAAGGUGUCUUCCCAGGGCAUCACGCUCACUGACAACCAGAGGAAGCUUUUUUUCCGACGCCACUAUCCUGCUAACACCGUCACCUUCUGCAAUACUGACCCUCAGGACAGGAAAUGGAGCAACCCUGAGGGCGGUCCAGCCAAGCUCUUCGGAUUCGUGGCGCGGAAGCAGGGAAGCACAACGGACAACGUCAGCCACAUCUUCGCGGAGCUGGACCCGGACCAGCCGGCCAGCGCCAUCGUCAACUUUGUGUCGAAGAUAAUCGCCUCGCAGACCCGAUGAGGAGCAGGCUCAACCCGCCCCUCUUAGCCCGGUUCCUUUAAAACCUUUGGUUGCUUUUCGUUUCUUCUUCAAUGUCGCCCUUUUUUCUUGCUCUGUCUCCUUUAAGACGUGUGGUCGUUCUCAGUCGGGCUUCAGGACAGAGCAGAGGAAGUGACGGAUGGGGGGUAGCUGUGUUUGACGGAGGGAUGGGGCGGUGAUUAAGCCUCCAGGGAAAAGGGAAUGAUUGUGUGCAAAUUUGAACAUUUUUAUGUUGUUUUUUAAGGAGGAAGUGAAGUUGUGUGAAGGUGGAUUGUUUAUCUUUUAGACCGCUCAACCAAAGAUUUAACAAAGGUAGUCCAGGUGUGAACCGUGCACCGCCGAGGGAGGGUCACAAGUACUCUUUUGUAAAACAGAUAUGGCUGCUUAAUCCAAAAAACCCAAGUUUCUGUCUGUAUGUACUGAUACUGUAGGUCAAUCCUGCACCACUGCUGUCUUACAUGAAACACUGUUGGACAUGUUGCAGCUGGUGGAGGUCUGUAAAUAUUCUGAAUGGCUUUUUAUUUUGGAGUAGGACUAGUAGACGACAUCUGGUGUUUUGUUUUCUAAAGCUUUGAAAAAAAAAAAAUCCACGAUGUCUUAAAGACGUAGGACUGAAGCUGAUGACCGUCACUGUGACCUCACUUCAUGUCCGCCACCAUCGCAGCAGUUUAACUCGCGACUGAAAGGCUCAGAGCUGAUCGUUCUUUACGGCUCUCGGGUUUUUGUCUGAAUGCUCACCCUACCCAAAAGUAAGCUAUACCUAUAAAUAUAUAUGAGUUCUAUAUAUAAACUUCCAUUGGUUUAAGAUAUUUAUUUUUUUUGCUUCAUUUUAACUUGUAUACCUGUAUUAUAAAGUAUACAUUACUAAAAACAGAGAAGAUGGCUGAGAAGUUGUAAAGCGUGUGCUUUUAAAGUGCAUCACUGUUGUUUUGAAUGUUUUUCACGUUUUGUUUUCUUUUAACACUUUUAUGUUUUAUUGGGGAAAUAUUUUGUAUCAAAGAAUAUUAUCAAAGUCCAAAUUGGAGUUGAUCUAAAGUGAAGCCAGAAACAAAUGAUUUGUUGCCUUGAACCUACCUAGAAAGUACAUCGUCCACAUUCAGUACCUUAAGUAUGUGGGAUGGUAUCGAGGUCCGGUCCAAUACGGUUUUCAUUCUGAUCCCUCAGAGUCGGUUUAAUUUCUUAAAACCCAACGAAAGCAGCAGCCAUGAUGAUGAACAGGUCAGAGUUUCUUUACUUGUAAUGUACAGCUGGGUCCACUCACUGACCACAGCGGGUCACCACAACCUGAACCAUCCAGGAGGAACAGUCCGACCUGGAUGCAGAUCAUUUAAGGAGACGGAAACAUCUAGAAUAGUUUCAUGGAGCUUAGCGCCACAAAAGCCCACUGCUAACCGUCCAGAACCCUCAACGCUGUGGCCUCUACAAAGCAAAGACCAGGACAGAGAAGUGGAAGGUGGUGAAAAGAGAUGUUGAAGCGGGUCGUCCAGAGCUCACGCACUCCAAUAACACAACGCAGACCACAGCAUUUUAGGUCUGCGUUGUGUUAUACAAGCCUAAGUAUAGCAAACCCAAAAUCUCAACCCAAUUCAGCUCCACGAUUUAACAAAUUUAAACCUCUUCAUGUUCCCUAAAGGAAAGACUUCAGGAUGAGAACCGAUUCAACUGGACUCUGUCUGCAGGCAUUGAAAACCCAAAUCCUCCCAGCCAGGUUAAAUGAGACACUACUGCCCUCCUGUGGUGCAGAAGAAGAACUACAACAGAUUCUAAUUCAGUGUUUUAACUGUAUUGGAUGAGAAAUCAAAUCUGAGAAAUUAAGAACUGGUUGGCAGCAGGAUGAUUGAUUAGACGUAUUUGGAGCCUUAUGAUAAAUUUUUAAAAAUGCAGCACUUACAGGGUUUUUGUAUCUAGAAUGUAUUUAUUAGCUGGGGGGCUUGCACGCUCAACUGUAACCGUAAUGCUGCUGACUAAUCUCUACACAGCAUCCAGUUUUACUCAAACCCGGCCCGUCAGUAGUUUAUAGAUGCUCUAGACGCGGCUUAUGCAACAACAACAAAAAAAAAAAGUACAAACGUUUUUUGCUUCCAAAACAAUUACUGAAGUUAAAUGACUUUGAGCUAAGAGUCCAGAUUUGUCUGGACUGUAGAGUGUAUGAAUGAGCUAUAAUUUCUGUAAAGAGCUUUGUUGAUUUUGGUUUGCUACAUGGUAUGCAUUUUAUCAUUUCAGAUUGACAAAAACAUUAAAAAGCAGUACAAAUCAA